CCUAGGCGCCAUGAAGAUCACAAAAGAUAAAGAACGUCUACCGAGAUGUUAUUUUUCAUAUUGUGCCCUUUCAAACUACAAAGAUCAGGAUCGUCUACCAACCAAGCAGCAGCCCUUCAAAGCGAUAAAUCAUUACACACCAGCGCACACUACCGAUCUUAUGCUCCCGGAAGAAUUGUAUGCACUGGUGGAAGGAAAGUUGUUUGGAAAGCUUUUCAGUUAUGCGCGAGUAUACAUGUCAUUGCUCGACAUUGUUAGUGGCGACUUCUUCAACCAAUAUGUCAAAGCCGGCAAUGUCCUCAUGCUGUCAGAAGGCCAACAAGGUGUUCAAAACACGUUCUUACUAAAGGACGGCAUCCUACGUCUCGAUGUCGACAAGGCCACAUAUGAACGCUGCGGCCUUGUCGGAGUCGCAGCACCGCAUCCAGGACGAAAGCACGUCAAAUCGAGAUUUAGAAUCGACCUGGAUUUAAAGCAGGCAUCGAUGCAGCAUGGCAAGAAGGGAUUCGAACGUAUCAAGUGGGCGUUCAAGACUGUGCUCGUCGAGUCACUUGCUUGGCUCUUUGUGGAUCUCGAGAACGAGGAUGUAUGUUCAGGGCCGAUUGCUGCGCUUCAUCCACAGGUUGUAGAACUGAGGCCUACUGUAACACGGCUGAAGCAUUUGGUACCUCCAUUCGUCUAUGAUGAGGAAGCCAUUCGAGAUGCAUUAUACGAAGAACAGUUAUUGGAAUGGCUUGGCAUGGUGAUGCUCGAGUCACCACGCAUCAGCCAAAAAGAUACUAUCGACAGUUAUCUGUGUAAAUAUACCCUGCCUGAAGAGUUUGUCCAGACCGAGGAGUCCGCGCGACAGGAGCAGGAAGUUGUGCACGUACGUUGGCACGGAUUCACUUCGGCAGCCUUCUUGAGACAUGUUUGGCUUACUCUAAGGGCGGCAACCGCCGAAAAGAGUGAAUUGUGGUUCUCAGUGGGGGCGAGCACGUUUGACGGCACGAGUUUCACGCUUCUGUGCAAUGACGGGCGGAACGUCAUGCUCUGGGAAUGUGAUUAGGACGGCAUCUUCAAGCGGUCACUAAUUAUGCGCGAAGACCGCGUGAUUUGACGCUUCGAACGAGACCCCCCGUCUCCUGUCCGAACGAGUGGUAGCGACACAUGAAAAUGGUCAUUUCAAGUCCUCAACAGUUUUGGCUUCAACUUGAACCAUCGUGGUUGAAAAUUGCGAGCUAGAUUGCGCGAGCCUACGCCACAUGGUUCAUGGAAUAUGCCAUUGUCAAAUCACAAGGCAAUAAAGAUGCAGCAUGUUCUCUGAGUGAGCCGACGUGCGGAUGAGGGGUAGACAAGGCUGCAUGCA